CAACACAGCAGCAAGAGGCGACACAGCAGCAACGAGGCGACGGCGACCCAUCCAUUCCCUUCGAAGGCCUCCGGCGACGGCGACGCAAGGAGUUCCGAGAUCAGCAAGCUUCUGUUUUUGUCCCUUGUUGCAUCUCUUCGUCUUCCCUCCGGUGAGAAAGUGGUCAGAAUUUUUGGGUGCCCCUGCAUAUCAGCAAAUAGCAAGCAAGCAACUGAUGGGAGUGAAAGAAGAGGAUAGUACUCUUAUCAAGAUUAUGCCUCCUAUAGAACAGGAGAUUAAUGACGAGAUAAAUAUGAGAGUAAAAAAGUACCUUAGAGGUGAAGGUGCUAAUUUGGAGGGUUUACGAGAUAAAAAAUUGAAAGGUCAGCUUGCUAUUAGAGAAGAAUUAUAUGGAAAAUCUGCAAAGGCUGCUGCCAAGGCUGAGAAGUGGCUGAUGCCAAGUGAGGGGGGCUAUUUAGAGGCUGAAGGUAUAGAGAAAACAUGGAGGAUCAAACAGGAGGCAAUUGCUCGUGAAGUAGAUAUCUUAAGUUCAAAGAAUCAAUAUGAUAUUGUCUUACCAGAUCUUGGUCCAUACACUCUGGAUUUUACCUCAAGUGGUCGGUAUAUGGCACUUGGAGGACAUAAGGGCCAUUUGGCUAUCAUUGACAUGAAAAAUAUGGGCCUUAUUAAAGAAUUUCAAGUUAGGGAAACAGUGCGUGAUAUGGCCUUCUUGCACAAUGAACUGUUCUUUGCUGCUGCCCAAAAGAAGUACCUGUACAUUUAUAACCGGCAAGGCACGGAACUUCAUUGUCUGAAGGAGCAUGGUGCAGUAUUAAAACUCCAAUUUCUGAAGAACCAUUUCCUCUUGGCUUCCAUAAACAAAUUUGGGCAGCUCCACUAUCAAGAUGUUACUACUGGUGGGAUGGUAGGUAAUUACCGGACUCGUCUAGGCCGUUGUGAUGUGAUGCAAGUGAAUCCCUUCAACAGUGUUGUUGCUUUGGGCCAUUCAAAUGGUACAGUAACCAUGUGGAAGCCUACAAGUCCCACUCCCCUCGUCAAGAUGCUGGCUAAUCACGGGCCUGUUUCAGCUUUAGCCUUUCACUCUAACGGCCAUCUCAUGGCAACGGCUGGUAUGGAUAAGAAAAUAAAGCUUUGGGAUUUGAGGAAGUUUGAGGUUCUUCAAACUUUACCUGGCCAUGCCAAGACAUUGGAUUUCAGUCAGAAAGGUUUGCUUGCUACUGCCACCAGCUCUUUUGUACAGAUUUUGGGAGAUUUCUCUGGAUCUCAAAAUUAUAGCCGUUAUAUGGGUCAUUCCAUGGCAAAAGGUUACCAAGUAAAUAAAGUGUUGUUCCGACCAUACGAAGAUGUUUUGGGCAUAGGGCACUCCAUGGGUUGGUCAUCGAUUAUUAUUCCUGGAUCUGGAGAGCCCAACUUCGAUUCUUGGGUGGCAAAUCCGUUUGAAACAUCUAAACAGCGGAGAGAGAAAGAAGUGCGCUCUCUUCUUGACAAGCUCCCACCAGAGACAAUUUUGCUGGACCCCACAAAGAUUGGUACAGUGAAACCAACGAGGAAGAGAGAGAAGCCAAGCAAGCAGGAGAGAGAAGCAGAGAUGGAAGCAGCCAUUGGAGCUGCCAAGAGCAUUACCCAGAAGAAUAAAACCAAAGGCAGGAACAAACCGAGUAAGAAAGCAAAGAAGAGGCAGGAAGGAAUCGAGAGAGCCAAAAAGCCUUUCUUGGAGCAACAAAUGGAGGAAGAAGAAUCAUCUAAAAAGAAAAAGCAGAAGAUCAGUGAGGAAAGGGAACUACCAAAAUCUUUGCAGCGGUUUGCUCGCAAGAAAGCUACUUCAUGA